UGAUAAGUCAGCGCUUGCGAACCUAUCUUUCUGCCCGUCGAAGAUGAUUCAAGCCAACAAGGCGAACUUGGUGACAGAUCUGUCCCUCCGGACGCUCGACAUCCGUCAGUACGAGAUGGACUACUGGAUGGGCGUCUUCAACAAGCUGGGCACCAUCGCCUCCACCCUGGGCGGCUUCGCAUCCACCAACAUGCUCAUCGACACCGGCUUCGAGGGCAAGCGCCGCAACCAGCUCCUGUUGCUGUCCUACAUUCUGGCGGCCGGCAGUGCGCUGGGCUUCAACCUGGUGCUGUUUACCAUCUCGACGCUCGUCGGUAUCUGGGCGCCCGGCAAGGCGCUGCGCGGAGAGGGGCACGAGAGCAUGGAAGAGGUGAGUGAGUAUCAGACAGAGGGUGGGAGGGAGGGAGGGAGAUUCACUCAGUGCUCUUUUGGUCUUGUACUACGUUCCUUCCUGGUGGGUGCAGGCGAUUCGGAUCAUGGAGGACCUGUUUGAUCGGAGUCUGUUCUUCUUCCUGGCGGGUCUGCUGUCUUACUUCCUCUCGUCCAUCCUGGCGGUCUUCUGGCUGUUCGAUUCCGCCGGGGCCUUCAUCAUCUUCGCCGGUCUGGUGGGCUUCCUGCUCGUCAUGGGCCGGCAGCUCGUCAAGAUCUACCAGGCCUUCGUGCCUUCGUCAUUCCGCCACGGCGGCCUCAAGGGCAACCCCGCACCCAACAUCGGCCAAACUAUGAACCCACAAGACCCGAGGCUGCGCGGCCAGCAGUUCCAGGCGUCGUUUGUCGAGGCGCUGUGAUUGCAGCGGGUGGGUGGGGCCGUGCCGCUGUUGGUAGAAGACAGAAGAGAACAAGAUAAUAGGAGAGUGUGUGUAUUGUACAGUGGGGCGCAUCGCAUGGGUGGCGGGAGAGAUGCAUGGCUCGUGAUACAGACGAGAUGAGAUAUGUGGCUGGAGGGUGGAUGGAUGGGCAGAGGGAUUGUGUGAACCGCGCUCGACGAGGCGCCGGGGAUGUGUCUUAUCUACAUCUGUGAGGGGCGUGUGUGCAAUUGAUUGCUCAGAGGGAGGGAGAGGGGUCGAGCCAGAUCUGACACGAACGAGAAGAGUCACGUAUCUGCGCAUCCUUUGUGUCGUGUCUGUCAUCCUGUUGCUGCGCCCAUGUCGGUCUAUGGACUGUGUCGGUUGAGAGCACAGUCUUCACACCGGCGUGGGUGCGGUGGCAGGCAGGCAGACAGACAGACUGACCGACCGACCGACCGACCGUGCAUGCCUUGAGUACUACCACACGCAACGCUUAAAGCCUAC